UUAUCUCACGAUCAACCGGCAUUUCAAAGUACAACUUUAAGUCGGAUUGGUUCUGAAGCAAAUAUGGCUGUGGAUGGGAAUCCUGCUACUUGUGCAAUGACUGAUACGAUUGGUUCUAGUAGUCAACAUGAUAGGGCUUGGUGGUACGUGGAUCUUGGUGACAUUUACAGUGUAUACAACAUAAGGAUACAGUUUAAUGACAUGGGGAAAGAAUAUGUCCUGAGGCAAAGGGGAAGAUUUGCUGGAUUUUCUCUCUAUCUCUCAAAUUCAACUACAAAAGAAGACGGAUAUAUGUGCUACAAAGACGGACCAGAGUUACCUCUAUUAAAUUUCACGACAAACUGUAUCGGAUAUGGUCGAUUUGUCAUCUACUACAAUGAAAGACUGAGUGGAGUAACGUAUCCAGAGGGGUAUGAAUCUACUUCCUACACCCAGUUGUGUGAAGUGGUAGUGGAAGGAUGCUCUAGAGGAAAGUAUGGGAUAAAUUGUGAUAUGAAUUGCCCCACUAAUUGUUUUGGAAGAGAAUGUGAUAUUGUCCGUGGAACAUGUAUGAAAUGCAAGGCGGGCUGGGAGGGAGAAAAAUGUCAAACAUCUUGCCCGAAUGGAUCAUACGGUCAGGAAUGUAAAUCCAAAUGUUCAGGACAUUGCAAAGAUCGAAUUCCAUGUAACCACGUGACGGGUGAAUGUGUCAGAGGCUGUGUUGUGGGAUGGACUGGGUCUUUAUGCAAUAAACCUUGUGAUGCUGGACGUUUCGGCGUUAAUUGUACUUCCUACUGCAGUGGACAUUGUUUUAAGGACGAAUCAUGUAACAAGGAAACUGGGCACUGUGACUUGGGAUGUAGCGGUGGAUAUAUUGGGGAUUUGUGUAACAUAGAAUGUACACCUGGGUGGUUUGGAGAAGAAUGCAAAUACCGCUGUAGUGGACAGUGUGCUGAUGAUGAAAGUUGUAAUCACGUGGACGGGAUUUGUUCUCGUGGAUGUAAAGACGGUUAUAUUGGACAAAACUGCACCACACGUUGUCCUCUUAAUAAAUUUGGCAAAAAUUGUGCUCAUGAAUGCAGUCAAAAUUGUGCAAAUGACAUUUGUGAUAGAUUGAACGGUAGCUGUACUGCAGGAUGCAAGGAACCAUUUUUUGGAGAAAUGUGUGAUCAAAGUGAAGAAACUUCUUUCCUCAGUAAAGAAAGCAGUUCUGUUGAGGCCCUCACAGUUGGAGGAGUUCUGGGUGCUAUUACCGUUGUUACCAUCCUCUUUGUAUUGGUUGCUUUAGCCAUGCGACUGAAAAAUAAAACAUAUAAGAAUACUAGUCUUGCCUUGCCAGAAAGAAGGUCUAUGAUGGAAUUAGAGAACAAAUCACAACCAAGAGAAAAUAGGAAAAUCAAUGAAAAUUCAAGCAUUAUGAAUACAAGCGAAAUUCCUGAGAUCGGAAGGAAUCCAUAUGAAAUUCACGAAACAGCUAAAAGAGGACGACCAACUAAUAAGACCAUAUCUGUGGCGAAUUUACAUUCUAUCAUAUCCAAAAUGUCAGGAGCUGAAAAUCUAGGCUUUAAGCAGGAAUAUCGUGAUAUGCCAAAAGGCGAAUUUCAUCCUUGUGAAGAAGGCAAAAAACCGGAAAACAAAGUGAAGAAUAGAUACACAACCACAUUCCCUUAUGACCACUCUCGGGUUGUAUUAAAGACGUCAAAACCAGGGGAUGGAAAUUAUAUCAAUGCUAACUAUAUUGAGGAUUUAACUGGGAAACGAUCCUACAUUGCAACGCAAGGUCCAAAACCAAAGACGAUUUCUGAUUUCUGGAAAAUGAUAUGGCAGGAGGAUGUGUCCGUCAUUGUCUGUUUGACCAACCUAAAGGAAGGCGAAAAGACCAAAUGUGCUCAAUAUUGGCCAGACAUUAACGAUAAACUGAUUGGUGAUGUUUAUGUCAACAACCUACAAGAAAAAUGUCACGCUAACUAUACAAUAAGGCUAUUCAAAAUCAACAAACGUACUGAAAAAGCAACAAGGGAAGUGUUGAUGUUUCACUACACAAGAUGGCCAGAUCAUGGGGUCCCUGAUCCACUAAGUCUUGUUGUGUUCCACCGUCACGUGACGAGAGUGUCAUCACAGUACCAUGGCAAAUACACUGUUGUGCACUGCAGUGCUGGUAUUGGUAGAACCGGAACAUACAUUGCAUUAGACGCCCUCUAUCGGGAAGGGGAGAGAAAUGGUAAAGUUAAUGUACCGAUGUACGUCAGGACCAUGAGAAAAGACAGAAUGAACAUGAUACAAGGCGAUGAUCAAUAUAAAACAGUUUACCUUGCCCUUUGUGAAUCCUUCAAUGGAAAAUCACGUUGUUUAACAACAGAGUCUUUUAUACGACAACAACAAGAACAAUCUUGUUAUACCAACUGUGGGGAAGUAGCAACAAAAUCGUCCUUGUCUUCCGAACUCCAGGAGUUGCUGUCUCUUCGGAAAGAAUAUGAACAGAAAGAUUAUGAAGCUGGACGUAGCAAUAAAUCUGCAAACUAUUCAUCAAGCGUAUUGCCACUUGACGAAUAUCUGUGUCGCUUGUCAUAUUCAAAGGGAAGAAACACCUACUAUAAUGCUGUUCUUCUUCAGUCUUUCACGGAAAACGACUGUCUCAUCAGCGCUCAAUAUCCACUUCCUGACUACACUGAGGACUUCCUCAGACUCAUCAGGGAUUUUGAUGUCGGUGUGGUUGUUUUUCUGUGUCCGUUGAAAGAAUUGAAAUCUUCUACUCUUUGGGUACCGUCAAAAAAUGAUCAUAAGACUGUUGGAAACUUUACAAUAAAACUAUCGUCGUCAACAAAUUCAGCAAAUUUGUCUACCAGAAGCAUCGCCCUUCAGCCACAGGGUUACAGUGACACAAAGAUAAGUGUACUAGAAUGCAAGACAUGGAAAGAGGGUAAAAAGACAAUGGACAAAAGAGCUUUGCUGGAUGUAGUUAAAGAAGCAAAAUCAGAAAAGGUCAAACACGAGGGAAAACUUCUGAUUUUGUCAAGUGAUGGAGCCGCACGUUGUGGAGCAUUCUGUGUGGUUUUUAACGCUCUGGAACAACUCUCAAUGGAUCAGGAAGUAGACAUCUUCACCAUCACACGUCAACUUCAGAUCCGUAGACCGGAGUUUGUGUCAACUUUGGACGAAUACCAGCUUUGUUAUGAUGCUGUUGUAGAAUACAUUCAAAACGACUGCGUGUAUGCGAAUUGCUAACUAGAACAAGAAAGAAAACUCUCAACAAAGCUAACUUUUGUUUUCUUUAAAGGAAAAGAAUGGAUUAUAAACUUUGUGACAUUUUGAUAAGCUCGAUUUUUUAAAUACAAAAUUGUGAAAUCAAUAAUAAUUUAGUGGAUUCACAUACCGAAGACAA